UUUCCCUAUCCAAAAAAAUAGAAAGAUAUUUUCCAAUUGUUAGUGUAUCUCCAUUAAAUAACUUAUUUAGUGCAAUUCUUAUUUCAAAAUUAUUAAAUUAUAAUUCUACUCUCAAAUUAUUAUGUUUUCUAGAAUUUGUUAAUGCAUAGAAAAUUAAUGGAAAAAAUGAGUGUUUUGGGAGGAAAAGAAUGAAUUGAAGUGAUUGAAUGGAAUGGGUUUAAGCCGAUCGGUCUGUGCAAGUCUAAGUUCUCCACUUCAUCUUCUUCACCACCAUCAUCAUCACCAUUAUCAUCCCAUUUCCUCUUCCUCAACUCUUCUCCGACUUCCUACGCCUUCACCUUUCCUCAGCUACCCUCUUAAAUCCCCUAUUUUAUCACCUUUCCCACUCCUCUCUUCAUCUAUUACUACACCCCAAUCCUCCUUUUCCUCCUCAUCAUCUCCCGCCAUGGAAGCUCCUCCUGAAGGUUACAGAAGAAACGUCGGUAUAUGCCUCAUCAACGAUUCCAAAAAGAUUUUUGCUGCAUCAAGGUUAGAUAUACCAGAUUCAUGGCAAAUGCCUCAGGGGGGUGUUGAUGAGGGUGAGGAUCCCAGAAGUGCAGCCAUAAGGGAAUUAAGAGAAGAGACAGGAGUGAGUUCUGCUGAAAUCCUUGCAGAGGUACCUCAUUGGUUGACUUAUGACUUCCCACCAAAAGUCAGGGAAAAACUUAGGCAUCAGUGGGGAGGAGAUUGGAAAGGCCAGGCACAGAAGUGGUUUCUGUUUAAAUUUACUGGAAAGGAUGAAGAAAUCAAUCUCUUGGGGGAUGGAACUGAGAAAGCUGAGUUUGGUGAGUGGUCAUGGUUGUCAGCAGAACAAACAAUUGACCUGGCAGUUGAUUUUAAGAAGCCUGUUUAUAAAGAAGUUCUAUCAUUUUUCGCACCAUAUCUUCAGUAACCUUGAAACCUAAUGUUAAGGAUUAUGAUCGUUCAUCUUACUGAAUAUAUAUCUGUUUGACAUAGCAAUAAUUUCUCUUGCAACUUUAGCACAUUAUGAUCGUUCAUCUUACUGAAUAUCUGAUGGUGUUCCUCUCUUCUUGCUGUUUUAUAUGCCCUGAAUUCGAUAUAUCUAUGUUUUUGAAAAGAGUUACAAUUUU